AUGAUUAUUUCGGAAUUGCAGAAACGGUUCCGGCACCUCGAAGGACUUCCCAUCGAGUCGUAUAGUGACACUGCUCCACGCAUACUAAUCGGUGUCGACCACGCCAAGCUUGGCCACGUAACGAAGAGUCGUGAAGGUAAAACAAAGGAACCAGUUGCAGUCAAGACUUGCUUAGGAUGGUGCGUUUACGGAUAUGUCGCACAUAGUUCGUCCAGCACCGGUGUCGUCAACAAUCAUAUGCUAGAUAUUUGCUCAUGUAACCAAGAAAACGGAGAAUAUCUACAUAAGGCCAUGAAGGAAUAUUUUUCCCUUGACAGUAUGGGCGUGGUCAAAUCAGGAAAGGUGCUCAUGUCCACAGAAGAUGAACGGGCACUACAAAUGCUGGACACACUAACGCAUCGGAAAGGGGAUAAAUAUGAAUCAGGCCUUCUUUGGAAAUACGACGGUGUACGCCUUCCGAACAAUAAAGCAAUGACACUAAAGCGCUGGGAGUGCCUGGAACAUCGGCUGCAGAAUGAUCCGCAUCUGGCAGAAGUUUUGAAUACGAAGAUCGCAGAUUACAUCUGCAAAGGAUACAUACGGAAGCUUACCGAUGCCGAGCUCACGAUCCAGCAUCCCAGGGUCUGGUAUCUUCCGGUAUUCCCCGUUGUUAACCCGAACAAACCUGCAAAGACGAGGUUGGUAUGGGACGCCGCCGCGAAAGCUUACGAUGUUUCGCUCAACUCCGUCCUUCUUAAGGGACCCGAUUUCCUAGCGUCUCUGCUAAGCGUGCUAAUAAAAUUUAGAGAACACCGGAUAGCAGUUUGCGGAGACCUGAGGGAGAUGUACCAUCAAGUACUGAUGCGAGAAGAGGACCAGCAUUGUCAACGGUUUUUCUGGGGACGCGAGGAGAACACAGGCGGACCUAAUGUCUACAUCAUGCAGGUGAUGACGUUCGGGGCCUGCUGCUCGCCAAGCACGGCCCAGUAUGUAAAAAACAAGCAUGCCAAACUGUACGAAAACGAGUCUCCGGCCGCAGUUCAUGCGAUAGUCAAGCAGCAUUACGUCGACGAUAUGCUCAUCAGCGUCGAGACGGAAGAGGAAGCGAUUUCGCUCGUACACGACAUCAAGAUGAUUCACCAGGAAGGCGGCUUCGAAAUGAGAAAUUGGCUGUCGAAUUCAUCGACGGUGCUGCUAUCGCUGAAUGAAAAACCAGUGACCAAUAAAAACUUAAACGUCAAUGAUGGCCUUCCCACGGAGAAAAUUCUUGGAAUGUGGUGGGACACAGAGAAAGACUGCAUUACCUUUAAGCUCUCCUCGAAGUGCCAGGAAGAUCUCCUAUCUGGUCAACGGCGACCAACCAAGAAAGAAGCUCUUCGAAUGCUGAUGCUGAUGUACGACCCAUGCGGAUUUAUCGCAUAUUUUCUGAUGUACCUCAAGGUCUUGCUGCAGGAUAUAUGGCGCUCUGGAAUUGGCUGGAACGAUAAAAUCGAAGAGAAUGAGUUCGAAAAGUGGCUGCUAUGGCUGAAAGUCCUUCCCAAGGUAGAAGAAGUUGAAAUUCCAAGAUGCUUUCGGAUCCAGAUCUCAGUUAACGCCGAGGUACAAAUACACACAUUCGUCGACGCAAGUGAGAAUGGGUUCGCAGCCGCAGUUUAUCUGCGAUUCCGACAAGGAGUUAAUAUAGAAUGUGCGCUUGUGGCCGCCAAGACGAGAGUGGCUCCACUUCGCUUCCUAUCCAUUCCUCGAGCCGAACUUCAAGCAGCUGUCCUCGGAGUGCGACUAACGAAUGCCGUCCAAACUGCCCUAAGCUUUAAGGUGAAUCAGCGAUUCUUCCACACUGACGCCAGGGACGUGUGCUGCUGGCUGAUCUCUGACCAUAGAAGAUACAGCCAAUAUGUUGCCGUUCGAGUCAGUGAAAUUCUGGAGAGCACGGAAGUAUAUGAAUGGCAUUGGAUAUCGACCAAACAGAACGUAGCUGACUUGGGUACUAAAUGGAAAGGUUUCCCGGAUCUCAGCCCGCAAAGUCCGUGGUUUCGGGGAUCCUCGUUCCUAUCGACACCAGUAGAAGAGUGGCCUAUAACUUCGCGGCGGUAUGGAACAACUGACGAAGAACUUCGUCCUCAUCUACUUACACACAUUGUUGCACCAGAACCGCUGAUCGCGCUGGAGAAAUUCUCAAGCUGGACGACGCUGUUACGCCGAACUGCAGUGUUCGCUCGGCAAGCUUCCAACUGGAGACGAUUGGCGAAAAAGGAGCGACCACUUAGUGGACCACUCACCCACGAAGAACUGGUCAAAGCCGAAAAUUAUCUGUAUCGCAUAGCCCAAGGCGACGUGUUCGCGGAUGAGGUGGUAAUCCUGAAGAUGAAUGCCUUCUCCGCAGAGAAGAAGCGAAUACCGAAGAGCAGCUCAAUCUACCGUGUCUGUCCUACACUGGACAAUCAGAAUCUGCUUCGAGUUCAAGGUCGGACGGGGGGAUGCAAGUACAUCGAUGUAGAUGCCUCCAACCCAGUAAUUCUUCCCCACGAACACACCAUAACAAAACUCGUUGUGGCUCACUUUCAUCGGCAGUUCCAUCACCAAAAUCACGAAACCGUGGUAAAUGAACUACGUCAGCACUUCUAUAUCCCACGCUUGAAAGUUGUCUACAGGAGAGUGCGUAGGGAAUGUCAGCAGUGCAAUAACGACAGCGCAACACCCUGUCCUCCAAUGAUGGCUGACUUACCAGAAGCGCGGCUGGCUGCCUAUACUCGUCCAUUUACUCACACAGGUUUGGAUUAUUUUGGGCCGAUGACGGUAUUAAUCGGUCGUCGCACUGAGAAGCGAUGGGGUGUUCUAGCUACCUGUCUCACUACUAGAGCCAUCCAUCUGCAGGUCGCAUACUCACUAUCGACGGACUCGUGCAUUAUGGCUUUGAGAAAUAUCUUCAGCCGAAGGGGAACACCUUCGGUAAUAUAUAGUGACAGAGGCACCAACUUUAAAGGCGCUGAAAAGGUUCUCGAAGAGGCGAUUCGGAACAUAGAUCAGGACAAAUUAGUGACCGAGUUCACAUCAAGGCACACCGAGUGGAGAUUCAAUCCACCUUCGGCACCACACAUGAGUGGGGCGUGGGAGCGCUUGAUCAGGACCGUGAAGCAGAACUUGAGUAAGGUUAUAGCGUCAAGGGUAGUAUCCGCCGAGAUACUCGAGAACGCACUAAAUGAAGUGGAGAAUAUCGUCAACUCUCGACCGUUGACCAAUAUCCCCGUUGAUGGCGACCUCUCUCCAGUACUAACCCCCAACCAUUUUCUCCUCCAAUCCUCCAACGUACUGAAACCAUUGACCGCUUUCGACGAUAGCUCUCGUGCCUUGAAAAACAACUACGAAACUUCUCAAACCCUUGCCAACAGUUUCUGGAAACAGUGGCUCCGAGAUUACCUUCAGACCAUCACGAGAAGAUCCAAAUGGUUCGUGGCAACGAAGCCCAUCGAAGUAAACGACAUUGUAAUCGUGGCCGAUCCAAAGUUCCCACGAAACUAUUGGCCAAAGGGAAGAGUCAUAGCAACGAAAGUUGCCUCGGAUGGACAGGUACGAUCAGUAACGGUGCAAACUGUUAGCGGCGGAAUUUACGAGAGACCAACAGUGAAACUCGCAGUGCUCGAUGUAGGCGUUUCUAGUAAUGCGUCGCUGAAGAAUCCACAACGAAUUACGGGGGGGGGAGUGUUGAUUACGCUACACCGACCGACGAGCCCCAUUUGCCCCGUCCAUAGAGUAACACCGAUAGUGUACUGA